AUGUCCACAUCAACCGACGCCAGCCCGGCAUCCAAUGUUCUUGGCACCAUCGGCACCGUUUUCUGGUGUAUCCAGCUUGUCCCCCAGAUAUGGUAUAACUGGCGACGGAAGAAGACAGAAGGGCUGCCUCCCGCAAUGGGGUUCUUGUGGGCUGUUUGUGCUGUGCCCAUGGGCGUUUAUCUGAUCCUACAGGAAGUCAAUCUCCCGAUGCAAUUACAGCCUCAGUUUUUCGGGACUUUUUCUGCCAUCAUCUGGGCCCAGAUUCUACACUAUGACCACAGCUACACCUCCCAGAAGGCUACAUUGGCGUGUUUGGGCCUCCUAGCCAUCAUGGGUGGGAUCCCAUAUAAUAAGGGCAUCACCUGGCCGGAUAUCCUGGUGGGUGGGAUAGCCACAGUACUUCUCGCCGGCGGCAUGUUACCAAUUUACUUCGAAUUAGGGAAAAGGCAAGGCCGGGUAAUUGGAAUAAAUUGGGUCUUCUUAUGCAUCGACACGCUUGGAGGACUGUUUUCAAUUUUCGCCCUUGUGGCACAAGGGUCAUUCGAUAUCCUUGGUGGGGUUAUGUAUAUCGUCGUUGUGGUACUCGAGCUGGGAAUUUACCUCAGCCACAUCAUUUGGCGCAUUCGGUUUCGUGAGGCCCGAAAGGAAGCCAAGCUUUCGGGGAGGGAUGUGGAGGACGUUCUCCGAAUGUGUGGCCCGGCGUAGUAGGCGACCUUAAAGAAUAAGCAUACGUCGCUCCGGUGCCAGCCUCAUGAACUGGAUCCACGUGAGGUCACUUCCUGGCAAGGCCCAGAACCGC